ACUUUGACCACUACUGGAAAGACCUGCUUUCAAGACAAUGCUAAAGAAUUAUUCAUCCUAUUAAUUUCCUGAGGGAAUUAUGACUCUACCAGUCUUGUUUUAAAUAGGUAGUUACUGCACAAAACCACUCAGUUGAAGGGUAACCUCUGUGGUUUUUAGGUUACAGCCAUUAUAGGUCACCAUUCCUCCAAAGCAAAAUGCCAUUAGCUUCACUGUGAAAAGAAACACUGUGCAUUAGGGGUUUCCUUUCAGCCUGACACUCUCAUUCUCCUUUUCCAUGAGAAGUUAAUGUGGGCCAAGUGUGGGAUGCUAGCCAGCACAGUGCAGCUGUUGCACUGGGACAGUUCACUGGUGACACUGUGAGACCAAAGGACCAGAGUCUCACUCUGAGCAAUGGUUCAUUAGCCAAACAAGUUAACCAUGGCUGUUACCACUUCUGCACCUUUCCCUUCCCAGAGAAACAGCAGCCCAUUUUCAUCUCCUGAGCCCACUGCUGAAGGCUGUCCUGUUUCCUUCUGUUUCCCAAAUGUAACUAAAGUUUGAUCCAAAGAAAACAUUUCCCCUCCAGACAAGGACAUUCCUUCCAUCAAAUACAAAUUCCUGGAGACAAAUACCCUUCAGAGAGUCAAUCUUUCAACUAACUCACCGCUUGCAGGGAAAAUGUGCAAGGACAUGAGACCUACUUUUUAAGUUUUCAAUAGUUUCCAUGCUAAAUGCAACAGCAUCAUACCUGAAAGUAGGCAGAGCAUUCCAUAAAGUCACCUGGAAAAGAGAUUGCAAUUGUGCAGCUAUCUUGCAACUUGGGACACCAUAGAGGAGGUGGGGAAUUGAAUUUUCUGGAAAAGCAGGAAAAGCAGGUUGAGCAAACAGCACUGGACACAUCAUGGGGACUGUUGAUCCCACCUUGGGACAUGAGAAGGUGUGAGACAUUAUGUUGCAAAAGUUUGAUGAUAGUUAUUGUCACUUACAGAUAUCAGAGAAGUCAAGUUAUGAUGCUUUUCACUGAGAAAUUAUCAGACUGCCUUUCUCACUGUGCCAAGCAAUGUUCUUUUAUGUAAAGCAGAACUGUUGCUGUGCUGUCACCAACAUCCUGUUGUUUCACUCCUUUCCUUACCCCAUUAGUCGAAGGCAUCAUGCAGUUGCAAUGGUGUUCCCAAGAACACAUCCCUCUUAUCUGGUGUUCUUCUAAAUGCUCAUCUGCCCAUGAUGAAACUCAAGUUCUGCUGAAGACACUUGUGAGUUAAUUGGCUGGACAGGCUGAUCCUCAUGUAGAAGGAUUCUACUUAGUUUAUAGCCCAGCUGCCCAAGGACACGGAGCAAGUCCUUCUGCCCACGGCCAUCAAGCCAAUCUCAGUGAGGAUGGAGCCCUCAAGCUGACUUCAGCUAAUUCAGCCCUUAAGCAAAGAUCUCCAGAUACUGUGUUUUCAGAGGUGAUGGAAAUGGCUUAGGAUAAAGAAGAACUCUUGUUUGUUCCCUCACUGGGAAAAAGGUUACAUGUAGUGUUCAGGCUUUCUUUGGCACUGGAGUGUGCUUAAUGCAGAAUAAGGUGGGUUUCAUGAGUUGUGCUGUUCACUGGAAAACAGAUUUAGGUCAGUCUGAAAUGUUAAAUUUAACACAAACCAAAUGAAAAGCAAUAGCAGAGACGGUAUUCUUGAGGCACUAUGUUGAGAAAAGCUGUACACUUCCUCCUUUUAAUCUUAAAAGAUUACAUUUGAAGCAGCCCCUCAGUUGGGCAACAGUGCAGAUCAAGGUCUGCCACAGCCCCAGUGAGCUGCAACACCCAGGUCCCAGCUAAGCACACUAACCACUGAUUUAUGGGUAGUCUCUACACCCUCCUGCUCCAUGGUGCGUUUGGGAUGGUGAAUUAACCAGAUCAUCUUUUUCAUCACCAGGAUUUCCCCACUUCUGAAACACUGCCAAAUCAGCACUCAAACACGCUCUGCAAUGCGUGCUGCCAGCUCAUGACACUCACAGCUGCUUCCCUGAAGUGCUCAUUUUGUUUUGACUUCCUUUUAUCGGCGCAGGUUUCUGCCAGUGAGCCAGUCUGCUGCUGGAGACGGAGCAGCCGCCGUGGCAGGAGGCAGAGGCACUCAAAGCAGAGCCCAAGAUGUGGAGCCUCCUGGUGCUGCUGUGCUGCCAAGGAAUUGCCUUCUCAGCAGGACUCCCAGCAGCCUGCACUCCAGCUGCUGACACGAGCCGCUGCAGGAGGAGCCGCAACCCCGAGUGCUUCAUGAAUGUUAGUGAAAUUAUCAGGUAUCAUGGAUUCCCCAGCGAGGAAUAUGAAGUUACCACAGAGGAUGGAUACAUUCUCGCUGUUUACAGAAUUCCUGCUGGGAGGAAUGACCACAAUGCAGGGCCAAGGCCUGCAGUAUUUCUGCAACAUGCUUUUCUAGGAGAUGCUACUCACUGGAUUUCCAACCUGCCCAACAACAGCUUGGGCUUCGUGCUCGCCGAUGCCGGCUAUGAUGUCUGGCUGGGAAACAGCAGAGGCAACACCUGGUCUUUGAAACACAAGACCCUUAAGCCCUGCCAAAAGGAGUUCUGGCAGUACAGCUUCGAUGAAAUGGGUAAAUAUGAUAUUCCAGCAGAGCUGAACUUCAUCAUGAAUAAAACUGGACAGAAGCAUAUUUACUAUAUUGGUCACUCUGAAGGGUCAACUGCAGGCUUCAUAGCAUUUUAUACACACCCUGAGCUGGCCAAACAGGUGAAAGUGUUCUUUGCUCUGGGCCCAGUAACUACAUGCUCACAUGCUACAAGCCCUCUGGUUAAGUUAAUAAAGCUUCCUGAACCACUGCUCAGGCCUGUGCUUGGCUGCAAAGGAGCUGCACACCAGAUUGGAUUUCUGAAAGGACCUGUGACACAGCUCUGUACAAGCCUGGAUAAGUUUUGUGCCCAUGUUCUGUGUUACAUAGCUGGAGGCAGUGUAAAAAAUAUCAACACGAGUCGGGUGGAUAUGUACGUGGGACACUCCCCAGCUGGAACAUCAGUACAGAACGUGUUUCAUUGGCGACAGCUGGCAUUUACAGAGCAGUUUCAAGCUUAUGACUAUGGCUCUAAGGAAAACAUGAAGAAAUACAACCAGACUGCUCCUCCUGUGUACAAGAUAGAGGAGAUAAAGAUACCAACUGCUGUUUGGAGUGGUGGACAGGACACAUUUGCAGACCCUAAAGACAUGGCAAGGCUCCUUCCUCGGAUUACUAAUCUCAUUUACCACGAGAAUGUUCCUGCAUGGGGACACCUUGAUUUCAUCUGGGGCCUUGAUGCAACUGAGAAAAUGUAUGUGAAAAUCAUUGAAUUAAUGAAGAAAUAUUUUUGAAACCAUGAGCAGAGUGCUGAUUGUAAAAUUUCUAUUUGGCAUAAGGGUGGUAUCUGGGGAAGAGGUAAAGACACAGGCACACAUAAUGAAUACUUCCAUAGGUAUUUAUUUGUUUUUAUUUAUUUCCUGCUUUUCUCAUAAUUUGAGUGUUACCAUGGUGUUAUUGUGACUGCUGUCUUCCUGAGAAGUCUGAAGUAUAUAAGAAUGAAAGCUGAAAACAUGGAUAUAUUUGAGUCAUUCUCAUGCCCAAUUUUUGUCUUCCUGUGAAGACCCAAAAUAUGAUUUGGUCUUUGCUCUGUUGAAAUAAAAAUUUUGUUUAAAUUAAAUUAUUGAUCCCCUUGACAGACAACCUGUCUUUUUUUUUCCCUCCUCAAAUUACCCUUUAACACAAGCAAGAAAUCUUCAAGCACAAGAAACUGAGCAGAUAAUAGAUGACUUCAAAACAUCAAAGAAUCCAACCUCAAAAUAAUUGAUAGAAGUAUUCCUCUUCCUUCCAAAUUCCUUCUAAGAAUCACCCAAAUGUUAGUUCACACAUCCUGAACCCCUCACAGUUUCAAAGACCAUGGAAUAAAGGAAUAAAGAGAUGUAGACCCACCCAGCAGGUGCACCCCAGGCAAUGCAGCUCCCACCCUGUGAAUUGUUCUUCACACUGGCAGUGAAGCUGUUGCAAGCACUCUGAGCUGUCUCCAUUCACUUUUACACAGCUCUGUCUGGGCCAUUUGGGUCCAAACAGUUCCUAAAACAUGGGAAAGCAGUUGGAUGUUUUCCCUUUCUGGCCAUUAGCCCUAAGAGAUGGUGUCUUCAUAAUCCAUUCAAGUGCCUCUCCUCACCUACAAGCUGAUCUGGAGUGUCUGUCCCCAGACUGCACACAGAAUGUUCCUUAUUACAGGCUCCAGCAAGGAACUUUGUUUCACUGACUGUUUCUGGUUGCAGCCUCAAGCUCAUCUUGUUCAGCCAAGACCCUUUGUAGUUGAUUUGAUAUCCAAUACCACAGCUAGAGUGAAAAAUAUAUCUGUCUUUGCAACACAGGAAAACUUGUCCAUGCACCUACUGUAGCACCCAUUAGCAAUGCUGUACUGCACUUCUGGCAGUUACAGGAAAAGGC